CAAAACUUUAUGACUGGAUAUAUGAAGGCUAUACGAGAGAUUACUGAUUCUAGUCGCCAAUGGACGACAAUCUACGAAAGACAAAAUUGUGAUCUUCAACACGCUUACGUGAAACGUGCAACCUCAUCUGAUGGAUGCUACUGGUCUUUAUAUGUGAACAAGUGGGACGAACAACACGGCUGGAAUGUGGCUCAUCUAAUGCUGGACGAUUCUUUUAAGUUUCUCAGCGAGAACGCAAUCAUAACACCGGACGGUGGGAACCUAGUAGAGCCGUGGACAAUCUGUGUGAUCAGUGAGUCGUGUAUGGCCGUUUAUGACUAUAAGCUGGGUGGAAUUUCGAUGUAUACACGGCAACACGACAGUGACAAAUGGACACAAUCGGACAUAAUCGGGGCAGUUUUGGCCGGGCAAUGGGUCAGCCUGUCACAUGAUGAAACAUACAUUUAUGCGUUGUGUUGUGAUGAAAAACUCAUUCGACGAUUCAGGAGAAAGCGUUUCCAUGCAAACGAUGUGGCACGUGCAGUCGAUUUCAUCACGUUUCAUGAGCGUUGGACUUCAGCCGACGAACUCUGGCAGCAUCAGUGGAUGCUGUACACUGUGGACGAUCGCUUCGCUUAUUUUGUUCACAUGCCGCAGGCAUCGUAUGCGUACGGUGUGCUGAAUGCACCACACCUCAACAUCUCAAUCCGAAUGUCUUAG